UAUAAAUAGCAAAAAAUGUAAUUCGGGCAGAAAAAGUCAAUCUAACCCAAAAUUGCAGAUAGAGAGAGAGAGAGGAGAGAGAAAACCUACUCUCAAUCCAUGGCGUCAGUCAUCACUCUCACACACUCGUGAUUUCCUUCUCCCAGAGCUCAAUCAAUUUGUGUUUCUUCUCCCUCCCCCCAAAAAUGUCUUCCGACAACUCCAUCACUUCCAUCACAAUCCCCACCUCCCCGCUCCUCCGGCCGCGGCAGCCCUCCUCCUCCUCCUCCGCCGCCGCCGCCCGUCCCUCAUCCCUCUCCCUCCUCCUCUCACGCGUCGCCUCCACCACCCAGCGCCGCGGCGGAGCCUCGGUGAUGGUCCGCGAGACGGCCGCCCGUGAGCUGGAGGAGCGCCGCGCCGACUGGGGUUACUCGAAGCCCGUCGUCGCCCUAGACAUUAUGUGGAAUCUGUCGUUCGUGAUUGUGUCGGUGAUUAUGCUGAUUUGCGCGGCCGAGGAGAAUCCCGGCGUGCCGAUUAGGGUUUGGGUGUGUGGCUAUGCCCUGCAGUGUUUGGUGCAUGUAGUCCUUGUUUGGAUAGAGUAUAAUCGGCGAAAUUCCCGGCAAGAUAGAAAUAGAGCCGACCGCCGGAGUAGAGACGAAACCGAACAGAGUGAGAAUGACGAAGAGGACGAGGAAGAAGAGAGAACCGGGCUCUUCACUAUCACCGAUAGCUCCAGGGUGAAACGAUGUGAAUCUGUGAACACUAUGGCCUCGUUCAUUUGGUGGAUAGUUGGCUUUUACUGGGUUGUCUCGGGCGGUGAAAUUCUUCUGGAAAGUGCUCCACGUUUAUACUGGUUGGCUGUGGUAUUCUUGGCGUUCGAUGUAAUCUUUGCCAUAUUUUGUGUUGUGCUAGCUUGUCUUAUCGGGAUUGCUCUCUGCUGCUGCUUACCUUGUAUCAUUGCAAUCCUUUAUGCUAUCGCUGGCCAGGAAGGUGCAUCAGAGGCAGAUUUGAACAUCCUUCCCAAGUACAGAUUUCAGAUGUGCCAGGAUGAGAAUAGAGUAGGCCUUGAAGCUGGCAGACUGGUUCCUAACGAAACUAGCAGCGGCUAACUACUUAACGAGCAAGUUCUUUUACCUGAA